CGAAGAACAACGAGGCAGGAUGGAAGUCAUAUCACUGUGCCUGAUGAUUUCAGCCAAGCUGAUUGUCCAUCCCAACAAAUCUCAGUUCUUUUGGUAUGAAACCAUCAGUCUGAGCUGUCAAGUGGAGGGUAACUCCGGGAACUGGACGGUGAAGAGAAACACCUCUUCUCAGAAUCAGCAGUCAUGCAUCCAUGACUGGGGAGUUGGAAAUGAGUCCUCCUGCACUAUUGGAGAAGCCUAUCCUCAAGACACUGGUGUUUACUGGUGCGAAUCUGAGCGAGGAGAGUGCAGCAACACUCUCAACAUCACUGUUGCUGAAAGUGUUUUGAUUCUGGAGAGUUCUGCAGCUCCCGUGACAGAAGGUGAUAAAGUGACAUUGCUCUGCUGCUACAAAGAAGAAGGAAAUGUCAGUGGAACAUCUCAUUUCUCAGCCAACUUCUACAAAGACGGUGUUUUCAUUGGAACUGAGCCUACAGGAAACAUGAUCUUUUCAGCAGUAUCUACAUCUGAUGAAGGUUUCUACAAGUGUGAGCACCCCACAAAAGGAGAGUCACCACAGAGCUGGAUGACUGUCCAUAAACGAAAAGUCACAGAUGAGCCUUUGAUGUCUGUGGCCAGACUGCUUUGUAUCAGCCUGCUAACCAUCGUCUACAUUACGCUGCUAAUCGUGUGUGUGAAUGUGCACAGAAAGUUGGCUAAAGCUCAAUCUUCGGAUCAUUUGCCACGGAAGUGAUUGGUCCUGGUUUCUGAUGACCAGGCCACAGUUGUCCAAAAAGGUUCCAAAGCCCACACAAAGUCUGUGUCAGCCUCCAGACCACCUUGAUAAAAUGAAUCAGGAGGUGUUGACCAUUAGCCUAACCUCAUAAAGUUAAUAAUAAUAAGAGAGCAGAACAAGCAAACAUGACAUGGCUGAUGAAGAUUGGAGGAAAUUAGCGAAGUAAAAAUAUUUGUUGGUUGUAGCUGUCUUUCAUAUAAUCACAGAAACCUUUUAAUCUUGUGUUGUCUUUUGAUUUUUUUUUUCAACGGGUUAUUUUGAUUACGUUUUACUUAGUUUGUCAGGAUGUCAAAUAAUUGUGUAUAAAAUCUCCUCCAUGUUGUCUUAUUUUUUUGCUGGUAUAUUUAUUGCAGUGCUGAUGUUUCAGCCCUGUUACCACUGGAAUCGAAUGCCACUUUUAGAGCAUCAGGUUCCUGUCUUUAGCAUGGCAAAUCCCAGCAUGCGAUGAGCAAGAGAUGAUGCACAAACUGGAUGGGAAGUAGUCACAGGGUGACACUGUGUUUCCACUGUAGGAGGAAACUAAUGUAAAUAUGUCUCAACCUAAAGUCUACCUGUAAAAGUAUGUCGUUUGUUUUACUUUGUUGUUCAUGUUUUCUGUAUGCUAUGCUGCUCUUCGCCACCAGAGGUCAGGAGAUAGCUGAAACUUGAACAUGUCUUCCUUCUGAGGUAACCUGUGGCUACUGCAUAUGACAAUAUUAGUUUUCGAGGAAGACAAACAAAACAAAAGAAAAACAUGCUGAAUAUUAAACUAUGAGCAGUGCACAUGUUGUCAGUGGUGUUCUUCCACACAAAAUGCUGUAUAUUAUUUGUAUGAUUCCUUUAUCUGAAGUCUUAUAUUGUGUGAUAUCCUGUCAUGCAGUAGUGGCAGGGGUGCAGACUGCAUCUCAUUAAACACAGAAAUAAUAAU